AUGUUUACAGAUUUUGGUCCAUCAACAAAAGAUCAUACGUUAGGGAUCUUUUAUUCUUUGAAAAUAUCCAAUUGUUCGAUCAGUACAUUAUUUAUUACCAUCACCAGAAAUACUAAUCCAUUAGUUUUUCUUGGUUAUAUAACAUCGGAACGAUUUAGUCGUGAUUAUCGAAGAUUAACUUCAGUUGCAAAACGAUAUUGA